CAGUGGGAGGGGGAUAAGUGGACGUUGUUUCCAUGGUUUCCCACAUACACUACGAAACGUGGAUGUGUCAUGCAGUUACGGUGUUCAAAGAAACGGACGAUUGUGUGUGUGUUGUCUUGUAUUUGUGCUGUGUUCUUCAUCUGUUUUCUGUUUUUGAUUGAACUUCCUCGUCCAAGUACACCAAACAAAGUACAAAUUGUGGUACCUAACCUACCACGACUAGAUUCGCUGGACUAUGAUAGAUUUAAAGACCCGGAUUUUGGUGAUUACGACGAACAGGAAGUCGUUGAAAAUUUAACUAACAACGCCGGUGUCUCUCGGAACGACGAUUCGAACACGGUAGUAGUUUUUGUCAGGGAGAAUUCGAAGUGGAGGAGGAAAAAUGUCUGUCAGCAGAAGCCACUUACAAUACAGAACAGUGUUGAAUCAUCUGCUGGAAAAUUACUUUUACACAUGGUGGCAAACAAUCAGAAUACGCUAGAAAAGAAAGAUUUUGCAAAACAGACACAAUUCGAACUCCUUAAACUUGUUCACAGCAAUCUUGCCUUCCAUACCAACUCUGUAUUAAUAGAUGUUGGAGCAGGUGAUGGAAGAUUCAGCAUUUUAGCCGCAAAAAUAGGCAAAUUUGCCAUCAGUGUAGAAUCUAAUGUAGGAAAUAUUUAUGGACUUUGUGCGUCUGUUGAGUUUGCAAAUGCACAACCCUAUGUGACUAUAAUUCAAAAUAAUUCUUCCAUGCAAACUGAGCAGUUUAAUUCAUAUUCUCCAGACCAUAUACUUGUAAUAGACGAAGAAAUUUCGUGUGUCAAAGAAAACGGAUUCUCGCUUGACCAGUUAGUAAAUCUGGAAACACUGGAAUCCCAGACAAGAGUGAUCGUUCGUAUUGAAGCUUUUCAUCAGAAUGCAGAGAAAUUGCUGAUUUGUGCAGACGAUUUUUUCGCUAAUUUUGACGUCCUCGCGAUUAUUAUGCCUUGGGCAGAACACAAUAUUCAAGAUAAAAAGAAACUAGCAGAACAUCUUAGCGCUCACAAGUUGAUACCUCAUGAAACCAUUGGCGUGGAAAAGGAGCUAUUGAUAAAAAAUGUUGAAUAUUGGCCAUUGUAUGUUAUUUGGAAACAGGGUGUUUAUUAAAUUUUAUUCACGAA